UUGAAUCCAUUCACAAUCCUGAAAAUGGUCCAUCUUAUGUGCACAGUGUUCUACAUAUGUAACUUAAUAACACUUGGAUAUCAUUUUUGAGAAUUUCAUUACCUUUUGAUUCUUCACCAUCUGCAUUCUGCAUGUUUGCUAGUCACAUUAAUGCCUAUAAAUAUUUCUGUGAUUUUAGUGUUUAGAAAUUGCACUUUUUGCAUGUUAAUGUUAUUUUAACCAACCAAGUUCUUAAAUUUUUAUUCCUAUGAUUAGGUGUGCAAUAAUGGUUCCUAUCAUCUGCGUGGGAAUGUAUAUGUGCAUUACAAGUCCUUGGAUUCGGCUGUACUUGCGUAUAAUAAUAUUAAUGGUCGUUAUUUUGCUGGAAAGCAGAUGACAUGUGAAUUUGUCAGUGUUGCAAGAUGGAAGGUUGCUAUAUGUGGUGAGUACAUGAAGUCAAAGUUUAAGACAUGUUCCCAUGGUACUGCAUGCAAUUUCAUUCACUGCUUCCGCAACCCUGGAGGAGAUUAUGAAUGGGCGGAUUGGGAUAACCCUCCUCCCAAAUACUGGAUUAAAAGAAUGAUUGCUUUGUUUGGUACUUCAACUGAAUGCCAGUAUGACAAGCUGGUCGAUUACCGAGAAUCCGAGAGGUUUCGGCGUUCAGAUAGAACACCAAGCAAAAAAAGGUUCCACUCUCGAAGGUCUGACAGUGGUGGUUCUCCUACCAAAGAGUCAGAUACUACAAGAGAUCCAUAUAGUCAUAGUUCAAUCAGGAGAGAGCAGUUCAGUAGUAGGAGAGUAGAAUAUGCAGCUUUAACUGAAAAGCAUGACAGAGACAGAGGACAUGGCAAAUUUGUCAAGAGUGGGAGAACGCGAAAUUGUGAUUCUGCUGAAGGUAACUACAAGGAGAACAACAGGGUUUCUCUGAAAAACCAUCAUAAAUACGAAGAUAACUAUUAUGAUGAUCAGGAAAGGCAUAAGAGGAAACACAAGGAAUACUCGCUGAGGCGAAAGAGAGGGAAAAAUUAUUCCAUUGAGUAUGCAGAGAAUAAAUCAAGAUUUCAUGAAAAGGGAGAUGUGCAAUCUUCAGACUACACUGAUGACGACAGACAGUUUAGUGAUGACCAAUCCACUAGCCUGUCAGGUGAGAAGUCUAGUCACAAGGAUACUUUCAAUGAAGAACGAUACAAUGGAACUUGUGAGCAGGCAAGUCGUAGGCCUAGUAUGGAUGAAGAGCAUUACGAAGGAAUUGGUCCAGAGGAUCUUGGUUCCAACACACAGCACAGUGAGUGCCCCUCUAAAAGGGCAGACUAUAAUAAGUACAGGUCAUCCCGAUCUGAUCUACAUAGCGACAAUCGAAAAAGGAAACAUGAAAGUAGUAGUAGAAAGAGAACACAUUACCACCAAAAGGAUGAUAACAGUGAUAGCAGCUGUGAAGAGCUUAGCAACUUAGAGUGUGGUCAUGAAGAGUCAAGCAGGGGGAAGCACCAGAGAAACAUGAGUCGACAUACAAGUGAUGGUAGUAGUAGAAAGAGAAGACAUUACCAUCAAAAGGAUGAUAACAAUGAUAGCAGCAGUGAAGAGCUUAGCAACUUAGAGUAUGGUCAUCAAGAGUUAGGCAAGGGGAAGCACCGGAGAGACACGAAUCGACAUACAAGCAGUCGGAGGAGGGAAAUUGGUUAAUCAAAGUAGUUAAGAUUCACCACCAUAUGCCUUCUUAAUCCUAAAUGCAAAGAUGGUUCUCUUUGGCCUCCGAUCUCUGUAUCAUGCUGUCUUGUAUUCGCUUUUAACAUUUCUCUAGUACUUGCUGGGAGCAUCAGAAUUUGACCGGGCACUGUCUUGUGUGAUUGGAUGACUGGCUUGGACUAUUUGAUUUCGCAGAAUGCUUGUGUUAACAAGUUAGGUUACUGCCGUUUACUUUGCAAGGAAGUUCAUGUUUGGUUGUGCAUGUAAACAAGCUCAAAAAGGCAAUCUUGGUGUUUUGGGUUUCGAGAAAGCUUUUAUGGCCUUGGUGGAUGGUAUAAAAGGGCCCGAAUUUGCUCACUACACAACCAUCUCAUUGUCACAAAAAAUUGGAUUCCAUCUUUUUGAAGUGCUAGGUGUUUUUGUAUUUUGAUGAUCCUCCAUGUUGUGUUGUAUCAUUGCCGAACUUUGCGAUCCACCAAUAUUCCAGAUUAGUUGAUAGUGAACUUCACUUCCACUGUAAAGAAUUAUAAAAAUAUUUGUUAGCACAAUAACUUAGAUUGUACUC